AUGUGGAAGCUGGGCCGAAGCCGGGUGCUCCUGGACGAGGCCCCCGAGGAGGAGGACGGCCUGCGAGGGGGGGCGCCGCCCGCCCCGGCCCCCGCCGCCGCUCAGGUUCCAGGAGCGAGUUUCCGAGGCUGGAAAGAAGUGACUUCUCUAUUUAACAAGGAUGACGAGCAGCAGCUGCUGGAAGGGCGAAAAUCCCCCAAGUCCAGAGCCACUAGCUUACGAUUAAAAGAAGAGUUGAAGACAGAGAAGAAGUCUGGAUUUUGGGACAAUUUGGUUUUGAAACAGAACAUACAGUCUAAGAAACCAGAUGAGAUUGAAGGUUGGGAACCUCCGAAACUUGCCCUUGAAGACGUGGCAGCAGACUCGGGCGGCCCUUCGAGUGACCGUGAGUCUCGGCCGGGCUGGCCGGAGGACACCAAGGGCUCCACCAGGUACACCAGCCUGGCCGCCGCAGGGAGCAGCUCGCGCUGGAGCCUCAGGUCGGCCGGAAAGCUGGUCAGCAUCCGCCGGCAGAGCAGAGGCCACCUGACGGAUGACUGGGAGGAGCUGGAGUGA